AUGGUGUUUGUGGGCUUCUUACCUCGUUUGGCAUGGAUUCGUCAAGUCCCACUGCUACUCCGCACAAAAACUCUGUCUACUCUUCAAGCAAGAUCCCUAAGCAGUUUAAGAUACGCAAAGACACAUGAAUGGAUCCGUCCAGAUAGUGGUACAUACACUGUCGGCUUGUCCAAGUUUGCCACUGAUACCAUUGGUGAUGUAGUCUUCGUCGACCUCCCCGAUCCCGGAACCAAACUGCGAAAAGGUGAAACCUUCGGUAAUGCCGAAUCUAGCAAAGCUACCUCGGAACUUUUUGCACCGAUCAGCGGGACUGUCGAGGAAAUAAAUGAAGCUAUCAGAGACAAACCAUCCCUCCUAAACAAAUCACCUGAAAAGGAUGGUUGGCUUCUGAAGGUGAAACCCGAUUCCUCUGAUGAGUUGGACGAUCUAAUGACAGAAGAGGAGUACAGAGAGUUUCUACGCUCCGAUGAUUGCUAA